GAUGAGCUCUCGGAUGACAUCACGCAGCAGCAGCUGCUGCCUGGAGUCAAGGACCCCAAUCUUUGGACUGUGAAGUGCAAGAUUGGUGAGGAGCGCGCCACAGCCAUCGCUCUGAUGCGGAAAUUUAUUGCUUACCAGUUUACCGACACGCCCCUGCAGAUCAAAUCAGUGGUGGCCCCCGAGCAUGUCAAGGGUUACAUCUACGUGGAGGCCUACAAACAGACGCACGUCAAGCAGGCGAUCGAGGGGGUGGGCAACCUGCGCAUGGGCUACUGGAACCAGCAGAUGGUUCCCAUCAAGGAGAUGACCGACGUCCUCAAAGUGGUCAAAGAAGUCACCAACCUCAAACCUAAAUCUUGGGUGCGCCUCAAAAGGGGGAUCUACAAAGAUGACAUUGCCCAGGUGGAUUACGUUGAGCCCAGCCAGAACCAGAUUUCCCUCAAAAUGAUCCCCCGCAUCGACUUCGACCGCAUCAAAGCCCGCAUGAGCUUGAAGGACUGGUUUGCCAAGAGGAAGAAGUUCAAGCGACCCCCGCAGCGGCUUUUUGACGCUGAGAAGAUUCGGUCCCUGGGAGGUGACGUGGCGUCUGACGGCGACUUUCUCAUCUUCGAAGGCAACCGCUACAGCCGCAAGGGAUUCCUCUUCAAGAGCUUCGCCAUGUCGGCCGUGAUAACGGAGGGGGUAAAGCCCACCCUAUCCGAGCUGGAGAAGUUCGAGGACCAACCCGAAGGCAUCGACCUGGAGGUGGUGACGGAGAGCACAGGGAAGGAAAGAGAGCACAACUUCCAGCCUGGUGACAAUGUGGAGGUGUGCGAGGGCGAGCUGAUCAACCUGCAAGGCAAAAUCCUCAGCGUUGACGGCAACAAAAUCACCAUCAUGCCCAAACAUGAGGAUUUGAAGGACAUGUUGGAGUUCCCGGCUCAGGAGCUGCGGAAAUAUUUCAAGAUGGGCGACCACGUCAAAGUGAUCGCGGGGCGUUUUGAGGGUGACACGGGGCUGAUCGUGAGGGUGGAGGAAAACUUUGUCAUCCUCUUCUCCGACCUCACCAUGCACGAGCUCAAAGUUCUGCCCCGGGACCUGCAGCUCUGCUCGGAGACAGCAUCCGGUGUGGAUGCUGGGGGGCAGCACGAGUGGGGCGAACUGGUGCAGCUGGACCCCCAAACCGUGGGUGUCAUCGUUCGCCUGGAGCGAGAGACCUUCCAGGUGCUGAACAUGUACGGGAAGGUGGUGACGGUGCGGCACCAGGCUGUCACCAGGAAGAAGGACAAUCGCUUCGCCGUGGCCCUCGACUCGGAGCAGAACAACAUCCACGUCAAGGACAUCGUCAAAGUCAUCGAUGGGCCGCACUCGGGCCGUGAGGGGGAGAUCCGGCACCUUUUCCGGGGCUUCGCUUUCCUGCACUGUAAGAAGCUGGUGGAAAACGGUGGAAUGUUCGUCUGCAAAACCCGACACCUCGUCCUGGCGGGGGGUUCCAAGCCGCGGGACGUCACCAACUUCACCGUGGGAGGCUUCACCCCCAUGAGCCCCCGUAUCAGCAGCCCGAUGCACCCCAGUGGGGCUGGUGAGUGGUUGGGGUUGUCCCCGAGGCCACAGGGGUGUCCCUAAGGCCCCCCCCCAAGCCUUUAUCCUGAUCCUACAGGC